CUUGGCUCCCAAGUGAAGCCCAAGGCCAACACGCGCAAUCUCAAAAACCGCAGCACCCCAACAACAUACCUCUCCGUUCCCUCGUCUCAAUGGUCUAGCUCCCACGCCAGCUGCACCAUGCGCCUCCACCUUGUCAUCUCGCGCCAUGGCCUGCCGGUCACGCGUAUCCUGUGGACGACGACAUCCUCAUCUUCUGCGUUGGGCGAAUAUUGCACUCACCGCCCGGCCUCGGCCUCCAUGGUUGCCUCGUCGAGGACACCGAAUAUCGCCUUUGCUAAUGGGGGAUAUACGGUUGCGCAGUUGCUAGAGGAUGUGAAUGAGGUUGUUCCACUAGAGACUGAGCCGACCAUAUUCGACCCCGAGUUCAGUGGGCAGUGGGGACUGGAGGACUAUGUGGUUGAGGUUGGUGGGUCUGAAUGUUUGCAUUUUAUGGAGGUAGAUGGGUUGCUGAGGGAUGGGGAUGAAGUUGUUAUUCGAGCGCUCCAGCUGGCUGACCUUCGUGCUCGACGGUUAUGCGGUCGUCACCAAAUUACUGGUGAUGGCAAGCACCUCAUCGAUGGUGUGCCCUUUGGUAUGCCAUUUUACAAAAGAACCACCUCCAAUCGACCUGCGAUCACCAUUCCGCCUAGAAAGAAACGCCGAACUGUCUUCUCCGGCUGGGACCAGGGUCCAUCGUUUGGGUAUGAAGAUGCGAAUGCCGACGCACAAGCCGAGGAAGUGGGUGACGGAGAAUGGCUGCCCUCGAACAACGCAGCCUUUGGAAAGGAGCUUUCAAUUUUGCCCCCGGAACAUGAGGUAUCCGACAUGGGAACCGUGAUCAGACACCCUGUCAAUUACUCCGGCGACACAAACGACGAGGCAGACUCGGAAUCUGAGGGGUCCGAGGAGGAAGCAGCUGAUUCUGAGGCUGAAGCGGAUGAGCUUGAAAAUGAACUCAAGGCCCUCAAAGAGGAGUUUGAGCAGCCGCCUGAAUCUCAAUUUAUUGAUAUUCGUUCUCAGGUUCCAGUAUCUACGGGCCCUACGCUUCGUGCCAGCUCUGUGGCUAAGCGACCAUCGUCGUCAGAUACCCAGGGCCGAAGCUCUGUCGUUGGGGCAUCUUCCUUGUCUAGUAAACGCUCUCGCGGGGAUGACUCUUCGCCCAGGGCGUCGAAGGCCGUGAGGUUCAAUAAGGGCGAAGAAGGCGAAGAGGACGUCCCCGGACUUCCUGACUCCGACUUCCUUCGGGGAUCAUCGCCUUCUUCGGUGUCCAGCGAUUCAAGCUCGGCAUCUGAGGAUGAGGAUGAGGACGAAGAUGAAGAUGAAGACUCGUCAGAGGAGGACUCGUCUACUUCUGCAUCUUCUGAAUCGGAUGACUCGAGCUCAAGCUCGGAGGAGGACACGUCUGAGUCUGAGGACGAGGAAAUUGACCUGCCUCCUCCAAAGACAAUCCAGCCUGUUAUUGUCAACCCUCCCGGCGAGGGAUCUACCCGAACAAAGAAAAGCAACCAGCGCUUCAAGCUUCGGCGCAGAUUAUCCAAGUUGAAGGAGCUGGGUGUCCUUCCCGAGGAAGCCGACUUUGCAGCCCUUCGCACAUGGGAAGAGCAGAAUGGAGGCUGGCAUGUUCCCGAUGAGACAAGCAUAAUGUCUUCUGCGACCACCAAGGCACAAAGGAAGGAGGAGGAGCAGCGCGAGUUCCAAGCCAAGCGAGAGAAGCUACUCCGAGCUCUGGCUAGUGGUGGCGUUGACGUUGACGAGACCUCUGAGAAGGAAAACAUGCCUCCUUCCCAGCCUGCUGUUGUGGAACAAGAGACCACUAAAGAGAGUGUUACGGGGCAAAAGGCUGAGACAGAGCUGUCUACUCGGCGCACUCUCGAUAUUGCGAGCUCACGCCGCUUGCUGUUCGGAUCUCUGGGAGUCCGUACGCCACGGACUAAAGAGGAUGAAGAAGCUACACGAAAAAAGCUAGCUGCAAAGGCUAGCGCGGUUCAUUCUCGGAAAGCAGCAGAACCGCAACCAGCCGAGGAGAUGGAAGAAGAGAGCGACGAUGACCACGACUGGCAAAAUAAGCUAGUCAUCAAAGCUACCGAGUGUAUCUAUGAUGAUAUUGAGCUGAGCGCCCCGCCAUUCCCAUUCGAGCAACGUUGGGAUGAAGAUGCAGACGCGCUCAUCCGGCAGCGUAAGGGUUGGGGCAAGAAGCGCAAGCGCAAGCAGAGAAUCCAGGUCUACAAUGGAGAGGAAGACGGCGAGUAUGAGGAUGGCAAUGGAUAUGGCUACGAUGCCUACGAAGACAACAUGCAGCUCAACUAUGACAAUGAGUGGCCUACGGCGGAGGAUGAGACUACGAAUAUGGAGACUCAUCAGGAGAACGCUGAAGCUGCCGCAGACGACGACGAUCUUCCUCUUAUGCCGAGCGACCCCAGCUCCGUUGCGGAUUUGCUUGAACAUGAAGCAAAGGUCGGGGCGAUUAUCGCUUUCCGGCAGCUGGACAUGUCCAAAGCGACAAAUUGGCAGCCUCAAAUGUCAGAGUAUCGCGUUGCCGAAGUCCACCAGCUUCUCGACAAUGGUAAUCUCAAUGUUCGUCUGGCAGUGCGUGACCGACGACCCAAGGCAGACGAGCUUGACCCCGAGGAUGACGAACCUCGUGAGUAUAGCGGGUUUGAGAUGCCCGGGAUGGACGACGACGAAGACGACGAUGGCUACCGUGAGGUCGCGUUUGCGGAACUCAGUGAUCCCAAGCUACUGCGGCCUGCGCCCGGGGUCGGCGAUGCCGCGGACGAGAAUGGUACAAAGGAAAAGAAUAAGGAUAAUGCUAGAGAAGGUAGCACUGUCUCUCUAGUCGAGGACUCCAUGCCGAACCCCCCGACUUCGCCACCUCCACCUGUCGACAUGGACCUAGAUGAAACCACCUUUGUGACCACAGUCACCGCUGUUAGUCGUCCACAGUCACCGAAUCGGUCUCCCGCGAGAGCUUCUGAAAUGCUAUCUACUCGAACUCCCAACGGUACCCGGAUUCUCAUCACACGGAGCGGAGAUGCGGAUGAUGAGCACAGCGACACGCCUGCCGUUCCUUCGCCAUCUUUCUCUGGAUUCCAUUCUGCGCGGUCUUCCCCGGGAGCGAGGCUAGGCCCCCGUUUCCAUGAAAGCGGCGAGUCUAAUCUGGAUGGUCACACUCUCAUCGGUGAUCAGUCGAUGCUGGGAGUGGACCAGUCCCAUCAAGAUAUGUCGACAAUGUCCUUCCUGUCUGCCAACCAAUCAUUCUCCGAUUUCCAGCAAGACAGUACCCUGCAAGAUCGUCAGGUCGUGGAUGAUACACUAGUCUCUGGAGGCAAUGAUUCACUUCUAUCCGUGGUUCACAAUCCAUCUGAACGUGCCUCGGCAAAGUCAUCGCCUGUUCGCAGCGCGGUCUCAGCCAGCCCUAACAAUACACAAGAGAAGGAGUCGGUCAAACCGAGGUCUCCCCAUGGAGGCAGUUUUCUAGGCCUUUCGGAAAGUGUCUGGCUAGACGCGGACAACACAGACCAAGAUAAAGACGAAGCCGACGAUGAUCUGUAUGACCCGGAAGACCACGACAGCGUGAUCCACAGCAACCAAAGCCGCCAUCUCUCCCCACAACCGUCUCCAAAACCUCCGACGAGCGCACAGCAAGAACUGCGCUCUUCGCCAAACCUCAACACAGACUCCCUAUUCCAGUACGAUGACUCGCCCGCGGCCUCUACCCGCUCCAAGCGUCACGCUCCAACCUCAGCUUCACACCCGAAUUUCUCACAAACUUCCGAAAUCAUCGAUCUCACACAAAGCCCAUUUAUAAAAUCCAGCCCGGAACCAGGCGCAUCGCAGAGUAGCCGGGCCGGGCCAGCGUCCAAGGCGAGCGGCAGCUCUGAUAUCUCCUCUUUGGGUAAAAGGACCCACGCAUCAAUGGGCAAUAUCCAAGAAAUGUCAGAGGUGAUAGUGAGUCCGCAGCCGAGUCAAAAGAAGUUGAAGAAAAAGAAGAAGAAGAGAUCCCCCGGGACUCUGUAG